AACGGGCGUUAAGAGAAACCAAGGUAUCCUUAUUUCCCCCGGUUCUCAUGGCAUGGUUUUUUUAAGCGYCAAUAAAGUACGACGGUUGCCUGAACCUUUCGUUUCUAACUGUUCAGAGAGAUACCUUCCUGGAUAUCAGAAAUAUUCUAAAGACAUCUGUUUUGACCAGUGCUUGAGCAACAAAACCGUUGAGACAUGUGGAUGUCGUCCAAUAGGAGAACGAGGACGUCCUGAAGUACCCGUGUGUACGAUUGGAGACGAAAUAUGCGUUGCAAAAGUCAUAGAUGAUAUGAGGUUCCGACAAUGUCACUGUAAUUCUCCAUGCGAAGAAACCUACUACCAGCCAACAAUGUCAUUUGCUCAGUUCCCCAACUCAAUAAUUAUGGAUAUYAUAAAGAGUUAUGUAAAGGGCAACACUUCUGUUGACUAUAUAAGGGAGAAUCUCGUCUUGAUACAAGUUGGUUUUUCUGAAGUAGUGUAUAAUGUCAUUGAGCUGCAGCCAGCCUACCAAAUAAGCAAUCUUUUUGGUGACCUCGGUGGCAACAUGGGCUUGCUUCUUGGUUGUAGUGUUCUUACACUGGUGGAGUUUUUUGACUUCAUCUUCAUGUACAUCCUUGAGAAACGUGAUGCCAACAAGAACAAAGUACAGGAAUUGCCGAGAUAAUACUCUAAAGGGAAUGCGCAAGGCUUUCAACAGAAAUCACAAUAUUGAAUAUAGGAGAAAGUAAUUAAAUUUUAGGCUGUUCUCCGUCUGGCCGUUCCUUCCAAAAGACAAACUAUCAGGCGAGCCAUCCGUCUCAACCAACUUCGAAUUCACCCCAUCAAAAAAUAUCGUAUGUAUGUAUAUUCAUAAGUAUCUUCAAUGGAAACCCUGUUGUGGCGAGACCCUAAGGAAUUGUGAAUCUACAUUCGGACAGUAACUGUGCAAUCCCAUUCCCAGGAAACCUCUGCUAAAAACGUAAUUAUGGUUCUUGACAAAAUUGACAACUAAUGCUUAUUGAGGGCCACAUGAUGCAAGAUUUCGGUACUCUUCCAUUGGCAGCAGAUUUUCGCAGAUUUCGAAACACCGCCAUAAAUAGACGCACCAUAAUUGCCACAAUAAUUAUUUAGACUUUAUAUUAUGAUAAUUAGGAAAUAUAUGAUAUAAAUUCUUCGAAAAAAGGAUGAGAAUAUACUAUAGAUUGUACAAAAUUUAA